AUGUCAAACUCUUCAUCAUCUUCAAAAAGAUCAUCAACUUCAGUUGGUGUCGAUUUAAAUAAUAUUUCCAAUUGGUUGCAUCUGGCAGGCAUUAAAAAGGAUUUUGUACUUGUAAGCGAUUUUGACAUUAAAAAAUCAGUUCAUAGUAAUUUGGGAAAAGUUGAAGCUGUGUUGGUUGUAUUCAUGGACGAAGUUGAGUCAAG